GCACGGGAAUUCCCACCUCUCGCUCCUCCUUCCCCUCUUCCGCUAACCAGAACGGUCGCAAACCUGACCACGGGACUGGCACCAGAACAGUUACUAGUGGACCACCCAUCUGGGCGGCACACACCUGGGCACCGCACCGCACCGCACCAUCAGCCCUGCGACAAAUGCAAACUCCCGUCUCCAGUAGUAGUGGCUGGGCUGGGCUGGGCUGGGCCAUACAGGUACCUACUUCCGCACAGCUGGGAAUAAUAAUGGACUGUGUAUCCUUAUUUACGUAGGUACCCGAUCCGACAUACCUCUAGGCGCGUUCCAAGUCAGCUCGGGUAUUAUUAUUGAGUCUCAUGUCAUCUCACUACCUAGAGUUGGUACAGUAGUAGUAGUAAACCUACCUUGCUGUUUGUUGUCAGCCAGCCAGCCCAGCGUGCCGUCGCCGAAACGGAACCCACCCAAUGCGGGAAGUGGGCCGGAUUUGCAGUGCAUGGAGAAUCGCAUGGCGCGGGAUUUCAGGGUCCUAGGUCCUGGACUCCUGGGUAGGUACUGGCUAGAUGGGUGGACGUCGAGAAGUUUGAGUUUGAUAGGUAGGGAGAGGUGGACGAGGUGGUGCACAACCUUACAUAUUUUGCGCAUGCCCUCCCUACUUUCUGGCUAUUUUCUUUUACUCUUCUUGAUUUUUCACUUAUAGAAGAUUGACACGAUAUUUACUUUCAUACAAGGCAUUCAUCUCGUCAAUCUGUUCGCAGGAGACCGAGUAUCAGUCGAAGCGCCUUGACGAUUCACGGCACUAGUCAACCCCAAAACCACCAAAAUGGUCAUCUACGCAACAGACAUGUCUCCCACUCCCUCACCCUCACCCUCACCCUCACCCCCCUCCUUCUUCUCCUCAAAAUCACAAUCCAAACAACCACACCACCACCCCACACCAUUCCCCUUCUUCCCCCUCCUCCCCCUCGAACUCCGCCUCCAAAUCUACAGCGAAUCCCUCCUCCAACACCCCCGCGUCCUCUCCAUAACCAGCACACCCACCUCCUCCCUCCACUGCCCCUCACCACACUCCGCUCUGCUGUCUUUAAACCGCGAAGCCCGCCGCGAAGCUCUACAGUCCUACCAUUUAAUCCGGGAUCUGGAGGGCGAAAGUGGGUUUUAUUAUAAUCCCCACCUGGACACCAUCCAUCUUACGUCCUCGACGAAAUACUCUUCUUCCUCUUCUGCAGAUAUUGCGGACGGUGCAGAAGAGGGAGGGGAAGGGUGGAGAGAGGAAGGAGAGGAAAGGGAUGGAGAGGAAGUAGCAGCAUCCAGCACAUCCACCCCCCAAACCAACUGGCUCCUCCACCUCUCGCAAAUAACCUCCUCCCUCCCCUCCCCGCUGGGAGUCUACUCCCUCGCCCUCCGCGGGGUAUCCACUCUCCCGCCCUCCUCGGCAUUCCUCUUCUCGGGCGGCAGCAAAGUCCGCGAGAUGUUGAUGCUGGUUGGACCGGGUGCGCAUAGGAGCGGGGCGAGCACGUAUUGUGGGGUGAGUGUGGGCUUUAUGCGUAGGAUGAUGUGUAGGGAGAUGGAGAGGGCGUUGGAGCUUAUGGAUCAGGCGGGUGGGUUUGAGAGUGGGAGGUGUCCGGGUUUGGUCCCGCUGGUGGGGGGUGGUGAGGGGGAUGUGGAGGGGAGGGUGUUGGAGGUUUGGGGUGGGGGGGUUUUGGUCGUUAGGUGA